CCGAUGCUCGUGCGCGUCAGCAUCAACCCCAGUUUGCGACUGCGAGUUUGUACAGUAGCAGCAGCUCACCUGCUGUCAUGCUUUCCAGAGCGAUCGCUAUGGCUGGGGUCACUGCGAACAAGAUCAGUAAACACAUCACCCUCCUGUCUGGGACUCCAACGGGUAACUUUUCACCUGGUCACCCAAAACCGAUAUUGAUUAUGCUGCCUUGGCUGGGCUCCAGACCACAGGCCAUUGCCAAGUACUGUGAGAUUUACUUUCGCACAGGCUUUGAUGUGCUCGUAGUGGAAAGCGAGGUGAGCCUGUUUUUAUGGCCCCGCUGGGGUUUGGAGUUUGGUGGCCAUUUGCUGGACUUAUUAGAGAGCGAGCGCUUCUCACAACGCCCCCUACUGGUCCAUGCUUUUUCUAUAGGGGGAUAUACAUUUACUCAGGUUCUUGUUCAUGUGGCCAAAGACACCCAGCGUUAUCAGGGCCUGACAAACAGGAUCAGGGGUCACAUCUACGACAGCUUGGUCAUGGGGUCACUGGAACAUAUGGCCAUUGGUCUUGGUAAAACCAUGAUGCCCCGGAUGGAAAGUCUUGUGAGGGCUGUUAGCCUUCUGUACUUCCGUGCCUUUAAACAUCAGACGGUCGAUUACUUCAACUCUGCGAUCGAUGUCUUCUGGAACACUCCUGUAAAUGCACCGUCACUUUUCUUCUACUCUGAGAACGAUGCACUGUGUGAUUACAAGAGCUUGGAGAAGGUGGUGGAGCUCUGGAGAAGCCGAGGCCUGACUGUCGAGAGCAAGAAGUGGAAAGAGUCUGUUCAUGCAGGUCAUCUGCGCACACAUCCUCAGGAAUACCUGUCCACCCUGGACAACUUUGUGCAAUCUCUUAACAUAGUGCCAUUGAAAGCCAAAAUGUGACUGGUCAUCUCCUGUUUCAUUAAUCAUCAGAUGUUGCCUAAAGUGCCUGGUUUUAUAUAGACAUUCUCGUGUAUUUGGCUUCAAGCUGUUGACUACAUCAAAUCUUUUUUUUCUGCCAAAAAAUAUUCACAGCCGGUCCAGAAGAAGAGUGAGAAGAGUUUUUUUUCUCUGAGAUCAUGGUGCUGGAUGGAUGGAAGACUGUGAAACACUGCAUACGAUCUGUUGAGGAUGUGAAAUACCAGUUACAAUCUGUUGAUAUGUUGGACCAGUUUGGUUUAUUGCACUACAGCUCCUUGGGUGCUCCAAUGUUUUGUUGUUGUGUGUGUGUGUGUGCGUGUGCGUGUGCGUGUGCGUGUGCGUGUGCGUGUGCGUGUGUGUGUGUGUGUGUAUGUAUAUGCAAUAUCACACGAGUAGCAGUGCGAUUUGGCUGUAUAUCGGCACUAUGGGUAAGCAUGGCUUGAGGCUGCAGGCCGAGUGCCUUAGUGCCCCACUAGUGGCGAUAUACAACCACAUCGCACUGCUACGAGUCUGAUAUUUAAUUUAUACAACAGUUCAAAGGUAUAAUCUUGUGUAUAUAUAAAAGAAAAUCAAACACGGAGAGUGUCAAAAACCCUUUUGUAUUAGGAACUACUUUCUUCUGCCGUUCAUACACAUGAUAUCAGAACAGCAGAAACUAUUUGAGUGAUUCUCUAGCGUAAUGUCUAAAGUAAUAAUAAAAUAGGUAAUUUUUGCUCACGUUUUAAGAUUAUAAGGCUGAACAGCAUGAAAAGCCAUCAGUCUACAGAGAUUUCAAAGUAUUUCUCUGUUGCAAUCUGAAUUUCACAGUAAUUAACCUCGAAAAAAGCCAGAGCAAAGCAAACACUACCAGUUUCUGUGGUAUAAAUACAGCACUACAAAAUACAAAACAGAGAGCUUGCCUCAGAAUGUUAUUUACUUGUUUUAUAAUGAUUUUUUUGGAUGUAGUUUGAAAUUUACGCUGAGAAAAUGCUGUUUUUCAUCCUCUAAGCACUUAUGCAGUCCUUGUCUGCGCCAUCCUGUGGCGGAACGUCAACCAUCACUUUCUUUGAUCUGCUCAGACAGGCUAAAUCCGAUGCUCCGAAAUUAUAAAUAUUUAAAAAUAGAAACUAUCCUUAUAAAUAAACUACACAGUUACAAUCUAAACAACUACAUUCUCAUCUAAAAUGGCCUUAGAGGUACAUUAUGUUGUCCAAGAGCUGCAAUAUUUGUCGAACUGUAGAGUGUCCUCUGUUUGUAUAUGGGCGGAGUAAUACACAAGGGUGAAGGGUGAAGAGGCUGUGCUAAUGCUGUUGUUUGCAGAAUAUCACACAGCAAUCAGCCAAUCAGAUUCAAGAACCAGACAGAACUGUUGUAUAUUUAUAUGUAUUAGAUGCAUGAUAAGCACCUAAAGCAAUUACACGUUUAAAAUGCCCUGCAGACCUUUAGGUAAUACAGUAGUA